AUGAAUGCGGGUGUGGAGCGCAAAACUGAACAGGUGAAGGUCUUUUGCAGAGUAAGGCCUGCGGAUGACUCUGAAGAAACCUGCAUCAGUGUUCUUGAUGAUUGCACGUUGGUUGCGCAGUCGAAACACGGCUCGUCAGGAAAGCAGGUAGGGCGUCUCGUAAACUAACAUCCUCAUGUGCAGAGUUUUUAUGCCUUCUCUCGAGUAUUCGCACCUGAUGCAUCACAGGAAUUCGUAUUUUCGGAAACAUUGCUGCCAUGCGUUGAGCGUGUAUUGAAUGGCGAAAAUGGUACAGCGUUCCUUUUUGCCUUUGACUUCUUAGCCCUACUCUUCACCUAUGGAGUUACAAGUAGUGGCAAAACCUACACCAUGCAGGGUGAUCUUGAAAACCCUGGUCUGUUGCCCAGAUCACUUGACAUAAUCUUUAAUUCGAUCUCUUCAUAUUCGACUAUGAAAUAUGUAAUUUGUCCUUCAUUAUUACGGUGUUUGCAGGUUGUCAAACCAACAGGACAAAACGGGUUUGUUUUACAGUCUGAAGCGGAAGCAAUAAUGGACAGACAGCGUCUCGACUACACUUGUAACCCAAAAACGCCGUCUAGGUUAUCCCCAACUGAUUAUAAUAUUUCUCUAGGCCUGAAAACAACACACCCUCCUUUGAGACCCGGGUCCGGCAGACUGAAUCCAUACCUUUGUCGAAAAAGUCGCUCUAUGCUGUGUUUGUAUCAUUCAUUGAACUCUAUAACAACAACAUAUAUGAUUUGCUCGCGCCUCUUCCGUCGCUUGGGAGGUAUUACAACUCUAUUGCAUCACUGCUUUAGUCUGCCUAGGCCCCACAAUCUGCGUGAAGAUGGCAACAGGAAUAUUUACGUACCUGGGAUAGUGGAAGCGGAGGUCAAGACGGCCGACGAGGCUCUUAAACACUUCUACCAGGGUACGUUUUGUUAUUUAAAAUGUCAUUUCACCGUUCGUUCCGUGGGAGUUUUCCUUACUAACCCUCGCCCACCUCUUCACCGGCAGCUCAGAUUUGCCGACUUGUGAUGUGCGGCUAGUGGUUUAAUUGACCGACUGCGCAGAGCCUGCGAAAGUAGCUGCUGGACGGAUUGUCUGCAGCGACUACUGACAAGAGUUAGCCGAUCACGAAAAUAACAGCAGAUUAACAGUAGGUGUUAUUCCUGGGGAAUGUGAUGGCAUCUGGGAUUUAGUUGUGCGUAGCUCUACAUACUGGAAGAAGUUGAAAAUUAUGAAAGUAUUGCCUCUCCCGACCUUUCUGAACUGCUACCUGUUUUGGCAGAAUCUCAGGGACCACUGUACUAACACCCUUACCACAGAUUUGUAGAUCUAGAAUUUUAUUUAGCCAGUGCUCUAAACCGCAAAUCUCCCCUGCCGGUGUUCUCAUUUCAUAGACCGCAUUUCCUCCAUACAUUUCACCUUCUAGGUUCCAAAAGGAGGCGUGUUGCCUCAACGGCCCUAAACGAUGCAUCAAGUCGAAGCCAUAGUAUCUUUACAAUUCGUAUUGUGAGGGCGGGAUACGAUCCGAAUUAUGAUGAAGUCAUUCAGGUACCUUUCCACUUUACCUCUUGCAUAAUUUCGCUAUUUUCGUAAUUUUACCUCACGUCUCCUCUUGUCCAGGAUAACAGUCUACUCACAGUCAGCCAGUUGUGCCUCGUUGACCUUGCUGGUUCGGAACGAACAAGCAGAAGUGGGACUACUGGACACCGUCUCAAAGAGGCAUGUAAGUAUUAUUUCCACUGCAGUUGCCCCCACCACAAAAAUCGAAUAUAUUCUGGCUUGAUGGAACAUGUUCACUAACAGCUCCUCGUUGCAAGAGCGCUUUGCGCUGUCAGGCUCAUUGGGCAGUUUUUGCCGUUUGUCGUACCAUCUUCUACGUGUGAAACGAAUUAUGACAAUAUCAAACGUCCGGCAAGUUAACGUUUCUUCGAUCUUUAGGUGGGCCGUGUCUGCAGUCAUUGACCCCAAACUUCGUAUGUAUUCUGUGAAAUGUGGUCUUUUUGCCAUAAAAUAAACCGAUUGAUAGUAGCUCAUCCCCUGAUUAGAACAGGUAUUAACCCCGACUCUUGACCAAGCAUCUUUGGACGUGUUUGUUUGUUGACUUAGAUAUGCACCUUAUGGAAUUUCUUACGAUUCUUAGGUCUUGGAGACUGUGGCCUGCCGUCCGUUUCGACUUAAACCAUCGUCUACUCUAUCUUACACCCGACCGUCUCUGCUUAGUAGUCCUUACUGGAUUAUGAGGUUCAAGUAAAAGUAGUUAAAAGUCUUUACCUUUGUUUACUCACUCUGUCAACGAGUGCGUGUUCAAUUUGUAGGAUUUUUUGAUCUUUUCUGUGACAGACCAAAAUUCUUGUUUAUUGUUGCUUCCGCCCACGCGUCUCAUCGUCGUUUUUUUUCAUCUCAAUAGCUCAAAUCAACAAUUCACUCAUGAACCUACGCAGGUGUAUCGAUGUGCUGCGAACCAACCAGAUGGCCUCACCAAGAGAGGACGGCCUAGGCCUCGGUGUUUCGCAAACUAUACCACGCAAAGUGCCCUAUAGGGACACCAAGUUGACACAUCUUUUCAAAAGUUACUUCGAGGGCAGUGGACAGGUCUUGGUCCUCAUAUGCAUACGUCCAAAAGUUGAGGAAUACGACGAGACACUAGUAAGCACUAUAAUCACCCUAUUUCAUCGGUGUGUUAACUUUGAGGCAGAAUGUCUUCUUCCCACUUUUUCGGAUGAUUGAUCCCAACUGGGGCGUUUUUUGACUGCAUUUGUCAGCAGUGAAUUGCCUCUAUUUGACUGUCAUUACUUCAGCGUGGAAAUGGUGCGACCGGCGACCAUAUUUCAGCUUUUAGUUCCGCAUAUAUUGUGACUUAGCCAAUUUUAAUGUCAUUAAACUUACCACUGACAAUGGUGCUUACGACAUAUUAUCCUUUUCAACCCCAUAAAGCACGUUCUGGAGUUUGCGGAACACAGCCAAUCAGUGUCGACGACUACCACUGUUCCUUCCACUCCGCGCGCCACCCCAGUCUCAUCCCGGGGCUCAUCACCUACACUGGAGGUAAGGUUCCGUUUUAUCGGUUGUUGUUGUUGUUGUUGUUGUUUUUACUCCCAACGUUAGAGGCCUUGCCAGUGCGUCCUUGAGGAUAGGUAAUGCGCCAUGAUGAAAUGCUGCGGCGUGGAAAGCAGGCUGGACGAAUUGAUUGAGAACUGUAAUUAAUGCUAUGAUCAAGGAAUCUGGUCCUAAUUGUUCUCUUCACAACCUUUCGCUCAUUUCGGGAUAACAUUAGGUCGCCUGUGUGUCGAAGGUCCGUCUUUUUGUGGUUGAGGAACCUCCAUAUAAUGGAAAGAAGAAUCAUGCGGAUUGUGUUUCCCCGAGCCAGUACGCGAGUAAAGUGCUGGCAUAAUCGAGGUUUGCAAUGCGGAGGUUCCCCCCUCCCCCCCCCCCACAUUUUCAUUGCCAUGGAUGACUGUGCAGAAUGGAGUGCAUCGCAUAGUUUGAGGGGACUACGGAAAGCUCCAACGGUGGCAGUAAUCCUCUGCCACACACAAAGUCCGGAAUUCGGAGGCCUCGCCCUCCCUAGGCGUCCUUGUUGCCGUGGAUGACUGGGCAGAACGAAGUGCGUCGUGUCGUUAGAAGGAACUGAGGGAAGAACAGAACGGUGCUGCGCACGAACGCUGAAAGUUGUUCUGUCAGCAGAGUAGCCGUCAUGGUAUUCCCUAAUUUUAAUAUUUGAUCGUCACGGCCUAUGUAAUGUCUGUUUUCGCCAUCUUCAACCUGGUGGAUGCGUCCUUCUGAUGGUGUUCCUCGGAGUAUACACUCAUCACUUUGCCUUGUUUAAUUUCCGAAGCAAUUAAUGCACGAAUUUGGAGUUCGACCGUCGUUGCCGACGAUGUCCGCUGUGUGCUCCACAUCAAGGUGACAGCAGUGACGGUGACUAGUGCAUGAAUUAGUUUAUAGUGAUAGUAGACUUGCACAGCAUUUACCGCGCUCUCUCCCCCCCCCUUCCCCCCACCUGGACCCGGUGUCAAGAAAACCGGAGACAGGAGGGCGCAGAUGGAUGGCAUGGUCGAGCCUGCACCUUGGCGCUCCACCCCACACCUGGUCCGCGCAACAAAUGACCAGGUUUUUGACCAUUAAUAAUGGGGGGCAGCAGGGGUUCCAGUGUGCGCGACGUCUGCCGGCAACCGGGUCUGUCGUCGCAUCCCGAAAUGUUGGCAUAUGCUAUGGUGCGCAAAUCCGAUAACGCCUGCCAGAAUCCGAUAUGGCCCUCGUGUUGGUCCAGCACAUCUGACGCGUGGCCCGUUUGGGGGCACGCGAACUUGGAGUAAAUCCUUCGGAACAGACCUAGCUGAUACCUACUUCUUUUAGUUUUUAAUUGGUCGCGUGUUGGCCACACAAAAUACUCAAAAGUGCGGUUACCUUCACCCCAUGACCAUUGUGAACGGUGUUUUCCGUCUGCACACAUUUUGCGACGAGAUUUUGGUGAUAGCGGUAACAGUAUUUAUAUCUCCCCCUACAGCCUUGGGCAUGAAAUUGACUUUCGUACAUUCUAAACCUACGGCUGCCACGUCGGUAGUGGUCUCGCUUAAACGUGCAUUUCCACUUUUGCAUAUUUUCAGGCCGCAAACGACGAGCUUCUUGCAGCCAUUGAACGGUGUCAGGCGCUUGACAAGGACCUCCAGGUUUGCGUUUCCAAAAUCCUGAACGCGGGACGCAAACUGAGCUCUCCCUCCCUGAGUGCCAGCGAAAGUUUCUUUGACAUGCCACUCAUCUGCUGUCCUGCCUUCUUCGAUGAAUCAGAUCCAGAUCGCGACAAGUCCUCUGAUCCGGAGUCGGCUGCCCACCCUCUCGCCAGCUGGCGCCGAUCCUCCAACGCCCAGAAAUCCCAUCACUUGGCUAACAACUGUCCCCUCUUCGAGGUCCUGCGCGCGCGGGCCGCUGAACGCAGCCGAGCACGAGAACUUCUUGAACGAGUGAGUCAGGAUGUGCAAUCCAGUUUGAUGAACAUGGUGCGGCCAGCAGAUACUAGAAACGCUCAACUCACCCUGCUUGACUCUUUGAACUCAAUGACAAUCGAAAAACAGCGAAUGGAGUCGAAAAUUCGUCACCUCGAGGUUUGUGAACCGCAUCUUUUUCCACUUUUAUGCAGACGACCCGUUCACCCGUUUUAUUUUUGGUAGUAACUUUGUCUUAGCUGGGCCUGUCUGCACGCAGUUAGGUACAGUGUCAUCGGAGAAUUCGGUUGUGGCCAGUACUUAAGAUGCCCUCUUUUUCUUGUCAUCUUUCCCUCUACUUCACCUGCCUUACUGUCUUUCAAUGGUUUUGUCGGAAGAUUUCAUGCCAUCUACCACAGCUCGCAUGCGCGGUCUGACUUCGAUCUUAUUUUCGCCAGCACACUUUCGUUAUCAAGCGGCAUUUGUGCCCAUUGUUCCGCUGUUUUGCCAUAACUGCUGUAUCCGACAGGGUGCGCAUAUACGCCUCUUAAGAAACUGAAACAAGUCAGAUGUUUUUCUGGUGUCUUGUACACUAGGGUCCUCAUAUGAAGCAGUUUCUGUUGACUGUGCCGUCCAAGCUGCAUGUAAGGAUUGCUAAUUAUGCCAGCGCAGGGCGUUUCACCUGAGAAGACCUCGAUGUCUACAAAACCGAACGUUAAACUGCCUGAGAUUUCUGAAAAGCUAACUCCGCCCCAGCUACUUUUCCAUGCGUCUUCAAUGUUUCGCCGUAAAAUAGGAAGCCUGGCCUAUCUUACAGGCGAUAGUCACGAUUCUCGUCACUGAAACCGCCAAAAUAUGCUUUUGGGAAGGUUUCAUCUUUUAUUCUGGUGAGAUUGGCUUGUUGAGACCGCGGUAUUCAAAGCCUCUCCCAUUAACGUUUGUUGCUGGAGUUUAUGACGCAGUUCGAUAACUACUCUUUACCCACCACGUCAACUUCCACGUUAUAACUUGUCACUCAAAACCAAGCUCUAUAAUAAUAUUUCACCAGAAAGUGUAUGUACAUCUCAUAUGCCCAUACCUGUCUGGACGUAGUUUUCCUGCAAAUAAAUGGGAUGAUAGGACAAAUAACAACGAACACAUGGAGCCUCAUGAUCGCGAGAAUCUGCCGACCACAGAAGAUCAGGCCAACCGCCUUCGCUGAUGGCACCCACGCACCAACUAAGACAUGUACUUCAGAUGUUGGGGUGCUGUCUAGGGAAAGCUAAUUCCGUAUCUUUACUAACCGUGGGACCUUAAACCUCCCGGAUUUGAUUGGUCUGUAUUGCUUCUCGAAGUAAACCAUACUACCGAUGGUUGUCAUUAGCGACACCAGGAAAGAUAAAUCAUUAAGUUGCCAUCGCCAAAGUUUGUAGUUUGGUAGUCCGGAAAAGAAUUUAACGCUUACCCUUGCACCUUCCAAAGUUGUAUUUAUGUGACUCUUCCGCGCAACCUAUACAAAGCGCUUUUGAUGAUUUCAGGAGUUCGUCGUUAGAUUUAACACGGUGACCGGUUUGCGCCACUUAACCCUCAGUCAACCUCGGAGCCUUGAAAACUUAACCGGCCCAUCUGUGGAACCCUAAAUCGUCCCUUUUCCGAUAGUUCAACCGUUGUUGCCGGGGAUAUCCACUGUGUGCCCCACAUUAGGGUGAGAGCGUGGACGGUGGCAUGGGCUGGAUUUAGUUUAAGCUAGCAGUCGACUUACGCAACAUCUACCUCAUUAUCCUCCCCCGCCUAGGUCCGGUGUCAUGACACAGUCAGGAAAGCCGGAGGCGGGGAGGGCGCAGGUGGCCGGCAUGACGUAAACUCGCACCUGGGCGUACCACCACAACCCCUGGUCCACAACACAUAUUGCCCAUGAUUUUACACGAAAAGGAGUGGCUGGGAUCGCAACUGACGCGGCGUUUGUGCACUGUGGUGCAUCAUUGAACUCUCACUUUUGUCAUCUGUUAUGGGUGCGCAUUUCCAAUAACGCCGUCUGGGCCCCGAUCUAGCCCCCGCGUCCAUCCAGCGUACCUACCACGUGUCCCGUUUGAGGGACACCUCUACUAAGCCGUCCCAGGCGCCGAAUGUCUACGCAAUUGUGUCAGCUAGGUUUCUAAAGGAUCAUAUAUCUAUUGCCCACUCAAACUGGGCGACCGUCGGUGGCGCUGAAAGGGAGCGCCCCUUCCCCCGACAGCGACGGCAAUUCUAGCAGGCAUUUCCCGUGUGCAUAUAUGAUUCCCUGUUGGAUAACAGCGCAAACAAGCAAGGGAACGGUACGAGUUUUGUCUAGUUUCCUGGAAAGAGUUUGGUCUUGAUGGAAUAUCGGUGUCCUCCUACCGUUUUACAUACCCGAUCGCAACCGACAUGAUGACGAGCCCGUGUCGCAGUGGUUAGUUGCGUUGGACUUCUAACCAACAGGUCACGAGAUUGAGCCCCAGGUGUUCCACACUUCGGGGUUGGGCAUGACUAGCUGACGACUGCUAAUAAGCUAGAAAUGGCCAUCCCAAUCUCCUUUGUCUUUGCCGGUAAUGUAAUUCUGCCUAUAGUACGCGCCGUUGUGCGACUGCUGGCGGGCCUCGAGAUAGAAAGCCCGUAAUGGCACAACGAUCGAUGAGCGCCCUCCUACCUCUGCCCUCUAACCUACUGGGCCUUCUGCUACCAUUGGGAAUUCUUUAUGCCUAAUAUGCAUCCCUCCCCCUUUUUCCUUCUUUCACUAUCAGAACGAGGUCGCCAAGAACAGGCUGCUGGCGCGUCAUGAGAAGUCGGAACGUCUGCGCGAGGCGGACAACGCCCGGGCACAGCUGCAGAGGCUGCGCAACCAUGUGCAGGACAUGACUCCCAACUGCCGUACUCCACACACUCGAGUGCCGGCCAGUGGGCGGAAACGCGCCUCCAAGAUGGACACGGAUGCUGAGGAGGAUCUUGCACGGGACAAGCGCUCUCGCAACGAAAAUUCACCGCCGACCGUGGUAAGUGAUGUGGGGGAAUUCGAAGUGGGCUGACAUUGAUGGGAACCGGUGGUACACCGAGGAAAAGCCCCGAAAAUUGCCUAAUGAAUGUCGAGUUUUUUCAUCUGCGUGCGAAGGUGCGCUUAAGAAGUGUCACUUCCUCAUAUCAUGUGGUCAGGGGAUGUUGGUAAAUCGGAAGUGUUGACAUUCGCCAGCACCAACAGUUGAGUCGCCGACGAGCCCCGAUUACAUUAACAGCACAACGGCCUCUAACUCCCUUAGCAAAAUAUCUAAAGCCAUUUCCAGAAUUUAAUCCAACUGCCUCUGUGCAGGGCUUUUACUGGUGCGACCUUUUCUAAGGUGGUCAUUCGUGCUAUCGCGUUUAUAUUACUUGUUUAACAGGCGUUAUUUCUUAAACAGUACACACAAUGGUAAACCACAAAAAAUCCGGGUUUGUUAAUUAGCUGUGUAAUAGGCGUCGUGGAUCUUUUGUCUUGUGACAUGCGGGCAAUUAAUACUUGUUUGUGCCUGCUCAAAGGUUGACGACAUUUCGAAUCAAUGCGGUCUUUUCCCUGUGAUCUUUGGUCAGUCCCAUGGCAAUCCUUAUCCAGGUAGCAUUAAAUUAUCGAUCACCAAGGGCUGAUGUGCCUCUCUGUAGGCCUGUAGAUAUGACUAUGCUGUUUGUCAAUGUCCAUCACUAGAUUAGCACCGAAUUGGAAAGGGAGUGAUGUCGCGGGUGACACUUAUUCGGACGGACGAAGUCCUUGAAGGGACACUUCGAGACGAAGACCCAACUUUAAAUUGCCUAAAAAACUCGUCCACACUCGGGGUUCGGUCUGUUGGCUAAAACUGCCGUAGAAUGGCAUUACCGACAAAGACCAGGAAGGCUGGUCGGUAAUGCCAUUCUGCCUAUAUCGUGCGCCGUUGUGCGACUGCUGGUUGGGCUCGAGAAACAGCCCGUAAGGCACAUCGGAACGAAUGAAUUCCGUAAUAACAAUCGGUGAGCGCCCCCUACCAUUAAAACUGCCGUAUUCUCCAAAGGCACUAUCUGGAUUUUCGCAGUCAGAUUUGUGUCGUAGUUUUUGACUGACUCUCUCGUCAUAACUGAAGGUAACUGCAGCGUGCGUGCGUGCGUGUAUAUUUUGCAGAAAUGUUCCCAGACUCACCCUCUCACCCAUCCAUCAAGUUGGCAGUGCGCCUCCACCAUCCUGGCCCUGUCCACCUGCUGAAGGUGUGUCGGUGAUGGUGAUGCUGCUAACAUCCUACGAUUGGCGACCUUCUAACUAACAAAGUAUUUGCUGCACUGACCCAGAUGUGACCCUGGUCCAGUGACAACUGCCCUCAUCUCCUUCAAAUUCAUAAGUCUAUCGAUUGGUUAAAGUAGGGAAUGAUAUCCUAUCCUCAUCCUCAUUACCAUCCCUUGGUAAUUUCAGCCGUCUCUCGCCUAGUCUAUCCAUCUGCCAACUGCAGAGCCAGCGUAGUCUUGCGCUCUGGCAUUAGUGCAAUUUUUGCCCACCUUUAAUACUGUCCACCUUAUGCUUGGGACAUAUCAUGCAAUUUCUGUCUCCAGGGCAGGGUCGCCGCCCUUUCGCGUCGCUACGAGUCGCGACUCCAGGAGGAGACUGGGUCUGCCAAACGUGGCGCGCAGACUGCCGUUCCAUCCACGGCCCCUGUUAGGCGUCUGCGGGACGGUAACUCGCGUCGCCACACUCCCACAUCUCCCCUUGCCGAUAUUCUCAAUCGUCCGGCACCCGUGAACCCUCGACACCGUCGUUCCAAGUCCACUGGUGGCGGCAAGGCUGUCUGGCUGGAGCACAAGGAGAUCUUUGCCGCGCCCUUGGGCACCAUACUGGCACCCUCAAUCAAGGCGCGUAAGUCUGCCACACAGGUUGAACUCAAGGACACCUUGGUUGCGACUGACUACCUACUUCAUCACCAGACCACUGAUCCCGAGGGCAACGUGGAAACGCGACUUUUUAAGGUUGGUUGCUGCCGUUUUGCUUUACACAACAAUGUGAGCCGCAGCUUUUUUGGAUAGGUUUUAUGUAUGGCUACUUUUCUCCAUUUCCAAAAUCCCUCUUUCAGGGCUCGAUUCUGCCUACGGCCGGUGGGGGUUCUGCUGUGAUCUUCAAUGAUGUGGAGGAACUGCGACAGAAGUCCCCGCUGAGGACCAGCCUGUGAGUCACUCCCCAUCUUCAUUAAGUUUUUUCCGACUUCCUAAAGGCUUUGUGUUUGCAGACAGCCUAGUCGCUGCCUGUUGGCUGUUCGGGGAACUUGGGGUAAACUAAUCUACGCUUCCUAAGGUCUCGCCGGCCGAUGUUUCUGUGACCCCGAUCGCCUUUAGAACUGUAAUCUUGCGGACACGUGUGCCUGGCAUAGACUUGUUUUACAGCGGAAGCGAAAGUUCGAUUUACAGGUGCAUGUAUAAGUAAAUAAGAAGACUGGUCGAGCAUCAUUUUCAGAGAUAGUAGCAAAAACAGCACGAACGACUAUUAUAGGGUGUGCUAAUCGACAAUCGACCGAUGGCGCAAAACUAGAGGUGACUGCGCAGGGCUCUGUACGCCGGCGGUCCGGGCUUCAAUCAAUCCUCGGCCCGUAUUGUUUCCAGUGCGGACUAUUAUCUUUGUGGCUGCAAAGUUAAACUCCAUGACCCAUUUCGUAGUUUUGGUCAGCCACUUGUGAUAAUUCGUCGCCUCCUCGCACCGGCAGCAUGUGUUCGUGUAUGUGCGAUCAGCACAUGCGUCCAGUUUGGCCUGUGUAGUUACAUGGACAGUUUUUACACGGGGUGCGAUACGCUACUCCAGAUUGCUCUUCGAUUUAUUUAUCUGGCGCCGCCAUACAGAGUCCUGUGCAGUCACCCUCAGUAUUGCACUAUUAACUGAUAAUUGGCUAACGCUCUAUAAUUGUCGCCUGUCCUGUUUUUGCUGCUAUCUCGGACACGGUGGACUCCUGCAAGAAUUCGAAAGUUCAGAACAAUAAACUGACUGUUCCGGUGCUCGACUAGUCUUCUUUUCACUUGUAGACUUGUUUGUCUUCGUACAUAGGGGGCUUCCGAGGUAGAUUUAAUUUCCUUCAGCCAAUGCACUUUGCCAUCGCUUAUCUGCCUCUUUUUCCUUGAGAAAACUACUUCUACACGAUGUUCCUUGGAUUUUGCAACCAACGGUCGUCGAAGUAAAUAGGGUCAGUCAAGUAUUCAGUCCGUAAAAAGUGCUGGCUUUCAUGGUGUAGCCUUGUUGCUGGGCCGAAGAUUUCUCUUAGACGUCGUGGGCCCUCGGUCGACCUAGCCAGAAUGGACAGGCUGCGCCAGAGAGCGGUUGCGUGGGGCUACCGUCUUGAGAAAUUGUUCCCUACGCCAUUUUAAGCUUCCAGGAUUGUGUCUGAUGGGUAUAGAUGUAGUUUCAUUAGGUGGCGCGCAGUAUCAGAGACAUGCAGCCAACGAAAGAGGGAACUUCUUCGACCUGCAUUUCGUCAUCAGUCAGUGGCCUCCUGAUUGCACGCCCUAGGUUCGAACCAGAGCCAUUUGUCGAUCGAGCAAGCGCCCCAACCACUGCUCUGCGGACCCUAUCAUGCCGACUGAGAUCUAGGAAUGUUCAUUUGUAUGACGGUGGCGUCCACUGAUGUGUCCAGCUUGCAGGACGGACACGGGAAUUUCCGCCCUGCAAUCGGGGUAGGUCAUUGGACGUCGCUUGUGUGCAUGAAUCCUGCCAUAAUUUGUGACCUCAUGGGUAGCCGACUUGUUGAUUCGAUGCCCAACCACGCUUGGCCGUCUCAUGUUUCGUGAUCGCCCUUUGGGCAGAACGGAAGGCCGACUGCUUUUGCAGACAGUCAUUGCCAAAAGCCAUUUCACAAUCCACCACCUGUAGACGGGCCCCAUCACGAUGCUCUCACCUGCUUAUGUACACUUUGUACAAACGUGAUCACGCGUGAUCUAGCCGACUUCAAUUAUGCCUUUCAUGCGACACGAUCCGGGACUGCGACUCAACUCGACCUGCUCUUCUUUAACGUGUAUCGCGAACCAUGUUGAGGCGGGUUUCACUAGGACCACUUUGUCGCCCCAUCGUGGGGUUGUUGUGCUCGUGCGGACUGACCCACCUGAGAUAGAGGCGGUAUACUCCACUCGGGGAUCAUUCCCAGUCAACGAUCCUCGGGGUCAUACAACUUUCACGUGCAGGAUCCAGAACCAACAGCCACAGAGAAUGAUUGUACUGGUGCGAUUGCGAAGACUUCAGGACAUUUUCGAAGGUUUGCAGAAGAUGCCGUCGUUAUUCUGUUCGUUUGACAACAACCUGACCGCUUUGGCUUAUUUUUUAAACAAAUCACACCUGAGCAAGACUUCAGGAGAUGUUUACCAGGGCCUAGUUUCUGGAGGGUUUCUUUCCGGUCUCCUUAACGUCUUUUCGCCCUGCUACCGAAGAAGCCAUUUCUGAGGCAUUGUUUCCUUAGUUUUUCUUUGGUCUACGCAUGCUCACAUUUUACUGGAGAGGCUCAGUGAAACGUUUGUGUCGUGUAUGCGUUUUACUCGUCUCUUCCUCCUGCCUGCAUAUACGUCUAGGUCUUAGUCUUUUAAGGGAAUCUUAAGAGCGGCACACUUCAGGUUAUCGCCUGUUCUUCAUUCAUUAGGUCAAGCUAUUUGGUUCUUUUAUCCACCGAAUAUUUUUUGUUGCAAAAUCAGCCGAAGAUCGAGACGUCAGUCACGAACAUCUCAACCGCCUGAAGACAGUGGAGCAGAGGAGGGCGAUGCAGCGCCCACACCCGCCAAAAGGCACACCUCCACACGGGGCAGACGGAGUAAACAUUCUUCCCUCGGUUCCCAGUCCUCCGCGGUCGUUCGUAGCAUUGAUAGCGCUAGCGAUCUACCGGAAGAGGAGGAUGUGACGAGUCAGGCCAGUUCCUACUACCCGGUCAACCCACCCACCAAGGACUCGCCGCCAUCAGCCUUUCCGACCUGUCUUGGCAUCGGUAUCUCCAGCGGUGGUGGAAUUGGACAUUCAGCCGGCUGCAGAAAAUGA